AUGGCGAAUCUGAUAGAGCUACAGAAACAGGAAUUCAGAAAAUACCUCGAAGACCACGGGGUCUUGCAGCAGUUGUCGCGCGUGCUUGUCGGUCUGUACGAGGAGCCCGAUCGUCCUCCGAAUGCUCUGGAUUUCAUCAGAAAGUAUCUAGGCGCUCCAACGGGAGUAGAUAUUGAAGCUCUUCGCUCUGAAGUUGAGAGCCUGAAGAAGGAAAAUGCGGGGCUGAAAGCGAGGGUGGAGCAGAUGAAGCAAGAGAUCGACGCGCUAAGACAAGAUCUAGAUGCCUAA